AUGCCGGGUCCCAACUCAGUCACCUCAAUCACAUCGAGUGGAAAGCGUAAAAGAGAUACAGCAGUGAAGUUUUAUGCCGUCAAGGUCGGAAGGAAACCAGGUGUAUAUCAGUCCUGGCCAGAGGCCCACGCACAAGUCGACGGCUACGACAACCCGAUCUUCAAAAAGUUUGACACCUACGCUGAAGCAGAAGCCAUGGUUACAGGCGGCGCUGGUUCUGCAUCCAAGUCCAGCAAGGGCAAGACCAAGUAUUACGCGGUAGCUGUUGGACAUGUGCCCGGCAUAUACACAGACUGGAGCGAGGUUCAAGCACAAAUAAAAGGCGCGUCUGGAGUCAAGCACAAGGCGUUCGCUACGCACGCCGAAGCACAAGCCUAUGUGGACGAGUUCAAACGAGAUAAGAGCGCGGCCAUUAGCUUACGGGGUGACCUUUCCGAGUCAUCGCUAGCCACGGGCAAAACCACCAAGGACAGCGUGAACACAGCCAAGAAGGCAAGAAAGGAGAAUGAUGCACCCAAUUCGAGCCUGACGAAUGGCGACAUUGUCUAUGAGCCUGGCAUGGGCCCUCUCCCUCCCGAUGCAGAAGAUGGCUUCGACCGCACCAUCAAAUUGGACGUCGAAACCGGACAGAUCAGAGCCAAGACGGAAGAAGAACUCAACGCGACCACAAAGCAACCAACAGGCGACUUUACUGGCCCCAUUAUCGUCUACACGGACGGCAGCUCCCUUGGGAAUGGCCGUACAGGUGCUGUAGCAGGUGUAGGCGUAUACUUUGGGCCCCGUGACCCGCGCAACGUCUCCGAACCCCUACGCGGUGACCGACAAACCAACCAGCGUGCCGAGCUGACGGCGGUUGCGCGAGCACUCGACCACAUACCCAUUGACCGGUCGGCGGAAAUCGUGACGGACAGUAACUACAGUAUCAAAUGCCUGACGGAGUGGUGCAACAAAUGGAUGGCCAACAACUGGCGCAAUGCGGCGGGCAAACCAGUGGAGAACCGCGACCUCAUUGAGCCUAUCAUUGGGCGGAUACGAGAGCGGACUCUCUGCAAGGCAGAGACCAAGUUUCGGUGGAUCAAGGGUCAUGCGAAUGACAAGGGCAACAUGGCAGCGGAUGAGUUGGCGGUGGCGGGCAGUCGGCUGAGUACGCCCGAGUUGAGGGGGAAGCGGGAGUUUAGUCUGACGCUGAACACGCCGACGAGGCUGCAUGCGUUUGAGGAGAGUCAGGGGGAUGAGCAGGAUAUUGAGGAGAUUUUUGCAGUAUUGGCGAGGGAGCAGGAGAUGAAGGAGAAGGGCAAGGGCAAGGAGAAGGAGAAGGAGAAGGGUGGAGAGGGGUUGGGAAAGGGAGUUGGUGAUGAGUUGACGGGUAGGACGGAAGGUUGA